UCUAUCUGGUUUGAGGUUAGAUUUUUGUUUACAAAACAAACAGAAAACAAACAUUUGUUUAACAAUUUUUUUAAGAUUGUAUUAGAAAUAGGAAUGGAAACUAUUGACGAAAAUAGCAUAUUUGAUAUACUGGAUAGUCACAAAAAUAUUUGUCGUUUUUGUUUUUAUCAAUUCAACGAAGAUAAUACUACAGAGAGCUAUUCAAUCUCCGAUGACUACAUUCAAAAACAACUAAAUUAUUGUUUUCCAGAUUUAAAGUUUUAUAAAGAGAAAAAUAUUCCAAAUUUAAUAUGUACGGAGUGUAUAAAUCUGUUAAACAGCACAUACAAUCUAUCAAUUAAAAUUCAUGGUUCACAAGAUAUAUUUGAAAAAUAUGCGUGCAGACAAAAAUUACGAACUGAAUUAUUUAAUUCUAACACUGAAAAUAGCAGUUUAAUGGUAUCCAAAGAACACAAUAAUGUGUCUGAUCAAUUUUGUCACAAUGAUUCGAGAGAAGAUUGUUUAUCAGAUUUUGAACAAGAAAAAUACCUAUUAAACCAAAAAAUAAGUGUUGCAAAGAAGAAGAAAUCUAAACAAAGCAAAUUUAAGUGCUGUCAUGAGGAAUUUAAAACAAAAUCACAGUACUUAGCUCAUAUAAAAUCUCAUGGGGUUUCAUUUAAGAAAUUUACUUGUUUGGCGUGUGACAAAAAGUAUUCUUCACAGUUUGAACUUGAUAUUCAUUUCAGAAAGCACUCAGGUGAAAAGCCAUUUUCAUGUAGUUUAUGUGAGAAAAUGUUUACUGACAAAAGAAAUCUAAAGAAACAUGAAAAAAUCCAUAUAGGAAAAAAGAAUCAUGAAUGUUUAGUUUGCCACAAGAAAUUUUUGCAUUUGUUCUCAUUAAAAACUCACGAAAGAAUUCAUACUGGUGAGAAAUUAUUCGUGUGUGAAACUUGCGGUGCUGCUUUCAACACUUCAACUCAACUAACAAUUCAUAAUAGGAUUCACACAAAUGAGAAGCCUUAUAACUGUUCUUAUUGUGAUAAAAAAUUUUCAAGCAAGUCUGCCUUGAAUAAUCAUCACCUUGUCCACACUGGAGAAAAUAAAUUCACUUGCACGUUGUGCGAUAAACAGUUCAGAAGACUGUUUGAUAUGAAAACGCAUUUAAGGAGUCACACAAAUGAGAAGCCGUACGUGUGCAAAUAUCCGAACUGUGAGAAACAGUACAAGACAAGCAGUCAGUUGAGGGUACAUUAUAGAACACAUACAGGUGAAAAAAGGCAUCAGUGUGCAAUUUGUUUCAAGCAAUUUGGUGAGACUACAACUUUAAAACGUCACAUAGGAACACAUGAAAAAGUUUAUGAGAAAACUUAGAUGCAAGAGAAGUUUGCAAGUGGGAAUUUUUUAAUAACUUUAUAAAGUUGUAACAUGAUCUGUAUUAUUUGGAUAAUUUUGUUGUUUAAAUAAUGUGAUUAGAGAAUAAAAUAAAUUGACAAUUGAU